AAAAUAACUCUGCAGGUGGGCAUUGGGCUAGCUCUGCCUGAGAAAAUGAGGUGAAAUUAUACAAAUGUGAGGUAAGUGAGUUCAAAUUGGGCAGGCAGACCAAUUCUACUUUGUUUCCUUCUCUAAUGUGCAUUUGUUUGGCAGCCUGGGAAAACAGCCUCUCCUGGGAGAGGAUUUUUGAAGGUUUGUAUUUGGCCCUUGAUGAGAAGGUUCUAAGAAAAACAAGGGAAAGUCAUACUUUGAACCCUGAGAGAAGAUUCGUUACUGAGCCAGAGCUCUACUGAAGUGUGAAACCGAGCUGUAUGGAAACAGUAACCUCUGCUGUACCUGCCCCAUGAUUACUCUGGAACUUCAUUUUACAUAAUUCGGUUUUCAGAAGAAUAACUUUCUGGGUUAAAAUCAUUUUAGUUUUCUCUCUUGGACAAAGUAACUUUCGCAAGUAUUUCUGUGGCUUCCCUCUGCGGGGCCUGUGGCUGCUGGGUGCUCUAAGUGUCCCCAUCCUGGCUGAGCAGGAGUUAGUGAGCCACAGGCACUUUCUUCUUCCCCUCAGCUGAGUGGAAACUGACAAUCCUGCAGACUGGGAGCCAAACUGGAACUCCUUCCAUCUGUGUCCAGACAUUUAAGAAUUUGGAUGGACUCCACAGGAAGGUUUUACAGAGCACUUAAUCAAGUGCCGGGAGGUUACAUUUCAGGAAAGCUCUCUUGGAUCCAAGACAAAGGCGGGGUGUAAAAAGCGAAAACAAGAGUCGCCUGAGUCAGAGGUCCUUUGGUCUUCUCCUCAUUCAAGACUGCGCCUCUCUCCCAGAUGAAACAGCUUGGUGCCAUGGCUCUGGAGCAGAACCACUCAGUUGAAUACUACUAUGAGGACAAUGAAAUAAAUGACACUUAUGACUACAGCCAGUAUGAAGCAAUCUGCAUAAAGGAAGAGGUCAGGCAGUUUGCGAAAGUCUUCCUCCCUGCCUUCUUCACAAUAGCCUUUGUCAUUGGAAUGGCAGGGAAUUCCAUAGUUGUGGCAAUUUAUACCUAUUACAAAAAACAGAGGACCAAGACAGAUGUGUACAUCCUGAAUCUGGCUGUGGCAGACUUGUUGCUUCUGGUCACGUUGCCAUUCUGGGCAGUUAAUGCAGUUCAUGGGUGGAUUCUAGGGAAAAUGAUGUGCAAAGUAACUUCAGCCCUAUACACAGUAAAUUUCGUCUCUGGGAUGCAGUUCCUGGCUUGUAUCAGCAUUGACAGAUACUGGGCAAUCACUAAGGCCCCCAGUCAAUCGGGAGCGGGGAGACCCUGCUGGAUCAUAUGUGGCUGUGUGUGGGUGGCUGCUAUCUUGCUGAGUAUACCGCAGCUGGUUUUUUAUACUGUCAACCACAAUGCCAGGUGCACUCCCAUCUUUCCCCACCACUUAGGAACAUCCCUGAAAGCGUCCACUCAGAUGCUGGAAGUCUGCAUCGGCUUUGUGGUUCCCUUUCUUAUCAUGGCGGUGUGCUAUGCCAUCACUGCAAGGACACUCUUCAAGAUGCCCAACAUUAAGAAGUCUCGCCCCCUCAAGGUUCUGCUCACAGUGGUUGUAGUUUUCAUUGUCACCCAGCUGCCGUAUAACAUUGUCAAGUUCUGCCAAGCCAUAGAUGCCAUCUACUUGCUGAUCACCAGCUGCAACAUGAGCAAGCGCAUGGACGUCGCCAUCCAAGUCACAGAGAGCAUCGCGCUCUUCCACAGCUGCCUCAACCCUGUCCUGUAUGUCUUCAUGGGGGCCUCUUUCAAAAACUAUAUCAUGAAAGUGGCCAAGAAAUAUGGAUCCUGGAGAAGACAGAGACAGAAUGUGGAGGAAAUUCCUUUUGAUUCUGAGGGUCCUACAGAGCCAACCAGUUCUUUUACCAUUUAAAUUUAAAACUGCUCUCUGCUUUUUGCUUGGGGAAACACACACACACACACACACACACACACACACACACACACACACACACACACACACACGAUGUUUCUUCCUCAAAUAAAAUAUCUGUGUUAUACUGAGACUCAAACGUCAAAUACUAGACUGUUGUUGCAAUGUAUUACAAAGAAGGGGCAAGGGGUGGGGUAUGAGGAAGAUAGAUGACAGAGAGUAAACAACAAACGGGAAAUGUGGAAAUUAAAGUUAAUGACAGGAAAACAGCAUGGCAAAAAGGAGGAAGCAUUAUGCUAGAAAGAGGAGCCCCUUGUGAUGGUGGGGCGGGUUUGCAUCUUGACGGCAGUGACAGCUACUCAAAUCUAGAUGUGCCACAUGUGAAUUUCAACUCCUGAUUUUGAUAGCAGCUAUAAUUAUGAAACAUAAAACAUUGGCCAGUGAGCCCCCAGAACCAUCCUAUGUUUUAAGUCACUGGGUAAGUAGCACCCAAAAUCAUCCUAUGUGAUAAGUCCCUGGGUAAGGAGCCCCUAGGGACAUCCUGUACUAAAUUUGUAACUUUCUGUGAGUAGACAGCAACUUCAAAAUAAAAUGUCAAAAAAAAAAAAAAAACCAUCAUGUUGUGAGUCAGGUGAUCUAAAACCAAUUAAUAAAGAAACAUGUUGAGAGAAUUAUAAUUAUUUGUAAUUAUCUAAAUUUUAAAAUAUUUUGUCUGUAAAAUUCCAAAUCUUAUAUAAUCACAAUAAAACUUACUCUAUUUUUUGUUUCUUAA